AUGCCUAAACGCAAACGCGAAGAAUCGAAAGAGGAACGUUGGUCAAGAAAAAUGAAGAAAUAUGAAGCGAAGCUUCUUAAAACACAGUGUCGUAAUACUAAGCGUAUUGUUUACUCCAGCGAUGAAGAUGAUGUACAUAUCGAAGAACAUCCGGUACCUGGAGAAACUGAAUUGUUUAAUGUGGGUAAUAUUUCAAGCGAACAGCAAGAAAUUUUCUCGGAUCUUGACUCGUACCAAGACCUUCCUCCUAAGGAAGUACCCUUAACUGUAACUGAGAAUAAUGAGGAAGUCGCAGAAUGCAUUGACUCGGAAUUAUUACAAGCCUUAGGAGAAAAUGAAUCGGAAAUUACUGAAUAUGGUGAUGAAAUAUAUAAAGAUAUAGCAACAAGGUUCCAAAAAAUUUUAAUAGAGGGCUUAAGAAAGGAAAAUAGAGAAGAACUUAUAAAGAAAUAUCUGUUUCCUAAAAAUUUACCGUUCUUAAAGGCACCCACUCUAAACCCAGAGCUCUGGUUUAAACUUCAGGGGCCCAUCGGCUCGACCACGUCAGUGCGCCAGUCAAACCAACUCGCAACAACGAGCCGGUGGGCACAAAACUUCAUAUGCGAAUCGGCGACGUGUAGUCGCCGCACCGGCGCCACACAGUCGCCGUCCGCAACCACCGCCGCCGCCGCCAGCGCGGCGCCAACCAGUCUACAAGCCGCGACCAGCAGCCGAUCGGUCGCGGAAUUAAAUACAGAAUCUCAGUUCAGUUCACCCGCUACAUGGUCAACUUUUCUUGGUAGCGAGCGUGUUAUCCGGGAAGGAUUUUCCAAGCAGGGAGUACCAAAAGCAGCUGUAGAUGUUAUGAUCUCUUCCUUGUCUCGGAAUACUAUAUCGCAGUAUAAUUCCAGUCUAAGAAAAUGGUGGGAAUAUUGUAAUCAGAACCAUUGUGAUUUUUAUGAAGUUAAUCUCAGUUCCCUGCUAAUUUUUUUGACAGAAUGUUUCCAAUCAGGGUCAUCCUACGGAACCUUAAAUAAUCAUAGAUCUGCUAUUUCCUUAAUUUCUAGUAAUAAUAUUGGUCAUAAUGAAAAGAUAAAACGUUUUUUCAAGGGUAUUUUCAAAUUGAAACCCGUUUUCCCCCGUUAUAUUGUUACGUGGGAUACUAACAUUGUACUUAAUCAUUUGGCCAAUCUCUCAAACGAUUCGAUUAAUUUAGAAAUGUUAAGCAAAAAACUAGUGAUGCUGUUAGCUUUGGCAACUGGGCAAAGAACGCAAACAUUGUCAUUGAUAAAAAUUUCAAACAUUACUUAUUACAAUGACCGCAUAGUUAUAGCUAUAUCAGAUUUAAUUAAAACUUCAGGUAUUGGUCGUCGCCAACCGGUAUUGAAUCUACCGUUUUUUAAUUCUAGACCUAGUAUUUGCCCAGCUGCCACACUUAAGUUUUAUGUAGCAUCAACUUCUUUUGUAAGACCUAAUGAUGUGGACCAUUUAAUUUUAACUAGUAGGAAACCAUAUAAAGCCGUCUCAUCUCAGACGUUAGGGCGUUGGAUAAAACUAACUCUUCAAGAGAGUGGCAUUGAUACUUCCAUAUUUGGUGCCCACAGUACAAGGCACGCUUCUACCUCUGCCGCUUCACGUGCAGGCCUAAGUGUCGAUGUCAUUCGUAAGGUUGCUGGUUGGUCUGACCAAUCAGCAGUAUUUGCCAAUUUCUAUAAUAGGCCAAUUAUUGAUACCACUUCUAACUUAUUGAUUAAUUAG